UUUAUAACAACAAAAGGGGACUAGCUCCAGAAGGGGCUGUUCAGCAUGCACAUGUGAAUGUGAUGGUCAGGUGUCCACAAACAUUUGGCCAUAAAGUGUAUAUUAAUAAAUACUCGUAACGCAGCUGAUGUACAUUUAAUGAUUCCCACAAAAUCUCUUUCUACUUUUAUAGGGCACCAUUACGUUUAUCCGAAUUAAAUGGCUAGUUUUAUUUGUCAUUAAUAUGAAACAACCGAGUAUCACCAAAUUGUCAUGAAAUUUGUGCGUAAGUGAAAGAAAUUAUCGAUUCAAACUUGUCAGUAUAACCCAUAUGAAUCGAAUCUUUCACAAUCUUUCAAAAGUUCACUUUAGUGAGUCUCCAUCUAUGUAAAUUUACACAAACUCAGGAGUAUCCAUAGAAUAUGAAUUUUUGUUGUUGUUGUUUUUUUAAACAAAUUAACUAUUUUCAUAAACACUACAUUUCUUAUGUAAAUGCUCCUGCCAAAGAUUUGCGCUUCUAUUCAGAUCGGAGGCCCCGUGUGAGUCAGAGCGGAACCGUCCAGCGCGAAAGUAUAGAUAAUAUCUGUGAUUUUCUCAGAAAAGCACAUCAUGCUGUACUUUAGUGCAUUGUCAAUAUCAUGCUUUCAUUCUGCCCAACCCUGAGAGGCAAAAAAAACUAUUAACACUGUGGGUCCGGGGCAAACAUGUUACUGACUGAUUACAGAUGACGGGAGCGGUGCGUGUACAGGUAGAUUUUAGUUUUAUGCCAGGAUUCAUUACUCAGUUCAUGACUGAGGAAGAUGUUGGAUUAGUGUUUUUAAGUGAUGAAAUAUAACACAACUCUUGUUAGUGCACUGUGUGUGUGUGUGUGUAACAGUACAGAACAGAGCAUCAGAGGACUUUAACCACGAUGGAGCGGAGAGGGAUCGUUGCUGUGGAAACGGCACCAAAGGGCCUGAUUGGGCGUUGGCUUCUCAUGCUGCUCUGAGAUAAAGAAUUACAGUUAGGGUGGAGAGAGAAGAGGGGUGGAGUCAGAGAGAGAGAGAGAGAGAGAGAGAGAGAGAAGAAGAAGAAGGAGAAAGAUAGACCGGAGCAGUGGAAAACAGAGUAGCAAGAAAUAUAUAUAUUAUAUAUAUAUAAUUACAUGGAAGGAGAUACAUAGAGGUGAAGUAGCUUGGAGAAAAAAGACAGAAAAGUGUGAGGCCGUGGAGCAGAAGAGCAGGAUGAGAGGAAGUGUACGCCUGUCAGUGUAGGAUUUCCUCGCCAGCGUGGAAAGCCGAGUCUCGUGGGGCUCAGACAGAUCACAAACUGCAAACCUAAAGCCCCCCACUCUGCUAACGACUUGCUUCUGGCCAACAGCCUGAAUGAGUUUUAAUGUCUCGUUGAAAGACAAUGGGACAGUCCUGACACCAUCCCCUGCAACACCAGCCAUCAGCUUCAUCUCCAGCCUACCAGCUUCACCACAAUAGGAAACACUCUAGAGAACGAGUGUUUAUACCUGCUGUAAUAUCUGACAGGCCCAGAGGAUCAAGAGAACGUUUGUAGUAAACAUCCAUCAUGCAAAAGCAGGCAGGGACGACCCCAUCUUCUAGUGCCCCCGGAUCUCCAGCCACUUCCAUUGUGGCCAGAAUGGAUAAUCAGGUGAUCGGAUAUAAGGAUUUAGCAGCAAUUCCUAAAGACAAAGCCAUCCUGGAGGUGGAGAGGCCUGACCUGAUGGUGUAUGAACCUCAUUUCAACAUGUCAUCUUUGGAUCGUGUCAGUCUGUCCAGGAGCAGAGAAAGAUCAAUGUCGCCUCAUUCCAUCUCUCCUCCGCCUUCCCCAGAGAUAUUUGACUCUAAAGAAAAGGAGUGGGUGGAACAUGACUCACCUGGCACAUCCUCCAUGGGCUCAACCGUGCAGCAUCGCAAAACAAGCACCUCAUCCAGAGGCCCCUUACAGCACUUCCACAGACCAGACAACGGAACCAACAUCUACAACAAGCCUCCCAUUUACAAGCAUGAAGCCUCUUUCUCCCUCCCAGAAGGAUCAGCAGCAUCCCAUAAUAAGCAUAAAGAUGAGGUCAUCAUCUUGUCCUCUAAGUUCCCAGCAGCCCAGCCUCCUGAUCCCAGCCAGCCGUCCAAAAUAGAGACGGAGUACUGGCCCUGUCCUCCAUCACUGGCUAGCAUGGAGAUUGAAUGGAGGAGGAAGGCAGCAGAACAGGGCAAAGCUGUCGAGGACGAUGAAUUUGAGGACCUGACUGAGGAUGCAAAGAGGCUGCAGGAGCAGGAACUUAACAAAAUCCAGUCCAACCUGGGUAAGCUGAUCCUGAAGGAGGAAAUAGAGAAAUCAGUGAACAUCCGGAGGAAAACACGCUCACUGCCUGACAGGACACACAUGCACUUGGUUUCAGCCAGUGGUGCAUCUAAAUCCGCCACUCUACCUCCCUGCAGUCGCUCCGUCCUUGCUCGGCUGCAGUCUGCUGAAUUCACCUCCACAGACAGUGAAAAAGCCACAACAGGACUGCAGAACGGAGACACUCAGAGAGGGAGAAUGGAUCGAGGAAACUCACUGCCUAGCAUGCUGGAGCAGAAGGUAUUUCCAUAUGAAAUGCUCAUUGUAACCCACAGAGGGCGCUGUAAGCUUCCACCUGGAGUAGACAGAACCAGACUAGAGAGGCAUCUCUCUCCUGAAGAGUUCCAGAAUCUAUUCGGGAUGCCGAUGGCAGAAUUUGAUCGUCUGUCACUGUGGAAAAGAAAUGAACUGAAGAAAAAAGUCUCGCUUUUCUAACACAAAGGAUCUGCCUAUGGACAAAAGCAUUCUCUGAUACUAACACAACUCACACGUUUCAGGAUAAGUAAAUCAAUAAUCCACUGUUAACUCCAACACAUAUCAUGUGGCUUGUGUAUGUCUCUUAUAGACUUGUGCUCUCUGUGUGCAGCGAGUCAAAAUACAAACUUAACAUAUACGUAUGUUAUAAAGCAGAGGUCAAAGAUCACAACCCCCUCCUCCUGAAGAUUUGCCUCCUUGUUCCAUUUUCCAUUAGCAUAGGCCCAAAUUGGUCUCAGUCUUAAAUAAUGGAUUCUUGAACAAUGCCUCUAUGCCCCUCAUGAGCUAUUGUGUGUUAGAUUUGACACGCAAGUGAACAGUUUCAGUGCUACUUGCAGCAUCCUUAUACCCUUAUAGCCUAACGACUUGCCUCAUGUAAGUGUGCAUUUAGACAAAAUGUACACACUCAACCUCAGCAGUAAGAGCAGCUGAAAUCAUUACUUCAGAGAUUUACACACUCACUUCCCCUCUGUACAGCGCCAUACUGGCUCCUGAUCUAGUUAGCAUGCUAAUUAGCUAGCAGAAUAAUAUAAUGGGGCAGCACAGUGGUGCAUCAAAGCUCCAUGGUUCAGAGUAUGAUGUUGAGCUUGGGUUAGUGUCUAUGACGAGUUUUGCAUCCGGGUUCUUCCAGUUUUCUCCAACCUCGCAAAAACAUGCUAGUAGGUAAAUUGGCGACUAUAAAUUGCUCUGGGCAUCCCAUUCAGUGUUCCUGGGAUAGACUCCGCUUCCACUGUGACACUAACCAGGACAAAGUGCUUACUGAAGAUGAAUGAACAAGUGAGUAAAGGAAUGCAGUUCCAUGAUUUGUUAUGUACAGAUGGAGGAGUUGGAAGAAAACAAUACGAUUUGAAUACAGACAAUCAAACAUUUGAGUUUAAGUAGAGCCAGUCUUUAUCACGUAAUCAACCCCAACAGGUGAUCAGGUCUCAUAACACCAUCCAUGUUUUGGCUAAUUACAUGCCUACUCACCAAAGAAAUCAGUAAUCUGACAGAAUACUGAUCAAAAAGUAGAAAAAUACAUUAGGAUAGGAUAAACUUGUGCACUAGGCUACUCUUUUUAUUAUUAUUAUUUUGUUCAUCCAUGUCCCUGAUUUCCCAUGCAUAGCAAAAACAUCAUAGCAUGUGACUUUUAACUUCCCUCUGCUCCAAAUUCCAGUGAUCAUCAGUGUGAAGACACUCUCAGAAAUAUGUUGCAGCAUGGGAGAAAAAUGUUUCAUGAUCCAUUUAUGUUGCUUUUAAAACUGAAUAUUUCCAUUUAUGAGAAGUGAGACAUUGUGACUGGGACACCUUUUGGGAUGGUAAUAUUGACUGGUCUGUGUUAGGUGGCAAGAGGAGCAGUUUUAUGGCAAAGGAUGAUGCCAUGUUGCUUAACUAGAUAAUGUCAGUGGUACUAGCCUGUAGUAACAGUAGCCAAUAUGUUUCCCUAACUCCUCAUGACCAAUCAGAAUGGAGCAUAGCAGAGCCAUGUAAUACAACCCCAAUUCUGAAAAAUUUGGGACAGUAUGGAAAAUGUUAAUAAAAACAAAGAGGAUUGGUUUGUAAAUAUACUUUGACUUGUAUUUAAACAAAAAACAUAUAAAGACAAGGUAUUGGCCAUUUUACCUAAUCAGCUGCAUAGGUUAUUUUGAAAUUGAUACAUGUAACACAUUUCAAAAAAGUUGGGACAGGGGCAAUUUAGGACUAAGAGCGAUGUGACGAGUUGAAAUAAGAAGGUGAUGUGAAGCAGGUGAGGCAAUCAUCUGAUCAUAGUAUAUAAGGUCGAGGCUCGCCAAUCUGCCAGCAGAUGCGUCAGCGAAUAAUCCAACACUUUGAGAACAACAUUCCCCAAAGAUAAAUCGGUAGGGUUUGGGGCGUUUCACCUUCUACAGUGCACAAUAUAAUUAAAAGAUUCAAGGAAUCCGGUCAAAUCUUGGUGCGUAAAGGACAAGGUCAAAAACCACUUAUGAAUGUGCGUAGUCUCUGAUCCCUCAGACAUCACUGUCUUAAAAACCGUCAUGAGUCUGAAAUGGAUAUCCUGACAUGAGCUCGGGAAUACUUUGGUAAACCUUUGUCAGUCGACACCAUUCGCCGCUGCAUCCACAGAUGCAAGUUAAGACUUUACUGUGCAAAGCAGAAGCCAUACAUCAACAUUGUCCAGAAGCGCCGCCGACUUUUCUGGGCUCGCUCUCAUCUGAGAUGGACAGUAGCACAGUGGAAUUGUGUUUUUUAUGGUUGAAUCAAUAUUUCAAAUAAUUUUUUAACCAAACAGCCAUCGUGUUCUCCGGGCCAAAGAGGAAAAGGACCAUCCGAGCUGUUAUCAGCGUCAGGUCCAAAAGCCAGUGUCUGUCAUGGUAUGGGGGUGUGUCAGUGCCCAUGGCAUGGAUAACUUGCACAUCUGUGAAGGCACCAUUAUGCAGAAAGAUAUGUACACAUUUUGGAGCAACAUAUGCUGCCAUCCAGAUCAGGACCACGCCAAACCAUAUUCUGCCCAGAUUACAAGAGCAUGGUUGUGUAAGCAGAGAGUGUGGGUGCUAGCAUGGCCUGCUGCAGUCCUGACCUGUCUCCGAUUGAGAAUGUGCCCCGUACAGUGGCGCAGCUGAAGAAAUGCCUAAUGGAUGAAUGGGGGAAAAUUCAGCUUGCUAAACUUUACCAACUAGUGUCUUCACUCAGCGUCCAAACGCUUAAUAAGUGUUAUUAAAGAAAAGGUGAUGUAACACAGUGGUAAACAGUUGACUGUCCCAACUGUUUUGGAGUGUGUUCCAAUCAUCAGAUUUAAAAUGAGUGUAUAUUUUCAAAAAUAAAUUAAAUUCACAAAGUAAAACAUCAAAUAAUGUCUUAAUAAUGUGUUUUCAAUAUAGUACAGAGUAAACUGAAUUUUCAAAUGACUCUUUUUGUUUUCAUUUUCCAUACUGUCCCAACUAUUUCGGAAUUGGGGUUGUAAUAUUAGUAUGGCCAAGAGGUGGAGAGGGGAUAGUGGACAAGCUGAGGUGGACGAGGGUGAAUUAAAAACAGAAAUGGAAUGGAGGAGGGUAAAUCUUCAGGAGUAGCUUUAGUGGCUCAUGAUUCAUGUAUAAUAU